AUGAAUCAUGAAGCUCCUCGUUUUCGGUCUUAUUUUGGCCAGACGCCAACUCCUGAGACUGCAUCCACGACAAAAGAACCGAUCAUCGUAGGAUCCACAGUCAGCACUCCCAUUCUAGUAGACGACAACGGCCGAAGCUGCCAAUGCGUUCCUUACUAUUUGUGUGGUGACAACAACAUCGGAGGUGACGAAAAUAAUGAAGAAGAAGACGGAGAAUACAAAGAAGUGGAUGUCAGAUUCGGCGAAGAGGAUGAGAGGCUCUGUAAAUACUCCGUGGAGGUCUGCUGCACGGUGUCUACGGAACCCGUCAAGCCUAAACCCACAGAGCCAGUUAAGAAACCCAUAAUAAAGGGUUGUGGCUAUAGGAAUCCCAACGGCGUUGGAAUUACUUUUACGCACGCAGCCACCCAAUUCGGAGAGUUCCCCUGGGUGGUGGCUCUGCUGGACUCCAAGACCUUCGUCUACAUUGGUGUUGGAGUGUUGAUCAAUCCUGAAGUGGUGAUGACCGCGGCACACAUAAUUUCUGAAUACGGUCCAUUUUCAUUGAAGAUAAGGGCUGGAGAGUGGGACACACAGACUGAACUGGAAAAGUACGAGUUUCAAGAGAGAUUAGUCAAGGAGUUAUAUAUACAUAACAAAUUCAACAAAAGAUUCCUCCUGAACGAUAUUGCUCUCCUGCGUCUGGAAAAGCCGCUGGAACUGUCGAGGCACAUCAACGUCAUCUGCAUGCCGAAGCAAGACGAGGUGUUCGACACCUAUAAGAACUGCAUCGCCAAUGGAUGGGGCAAGGAUACCUUCGGUGUAAAAGGCAAGUUCGCCGUGAUCCUCAAGAAAGUGGAAGUAAACAUGGUCCCGUACAACCGCUGUAGAACUCUGUUGAGGAGGACCAGACUUGGUUCCAACUUCAAACUCCCCAUCAGCAUUUUGUGUGCCGGUGGGGAGGAAGGCAAAGAUACCUGCCAGGGUGAUGGUGGCGCCCCCUUGGUGUGUCCCAUAGGUAACAACCAAUACAAGCUGACUGGUCUCGUCGCUGGUGGGAUUGGGUGCGGCGACAAAGAUGUACCAGCAUUAUACGUCAACGUGCCCAUGUUCAGAGAGUGGGUUGAUAAGAAAAUGGAGGAGUGGGGGUUACUUCUCGACACAAAUACAUAG